AUGGCCACCUCCCUCUCCCUCACCACCGCCCGCUACCUCGCCCCCGCCUCCUUCCUCUACGACUUCGCCGCCCAACAAUACGGCAUCAACUCCACCCCCUCCAUGAAAGACAUCCACGACCGCAACCUCUCCUUCUUCUCCCCGCAACCCUACUUCAUCGCCGGCUUCUUCUUCCCCCAACAAUUCGUGCAACUCGCCUGGCUCUACAAGCUGUGGAAACUGAACCCGGAGAAACCCGAGGAGAAGAAACAACUCCAGGAAAUGGUCCGAUAUGUACCCUUUUAUGCUCUCGGAAACGUGUGUAUUGGAACGUGGAUGUUCUUCUGGAAUGCGGAGAACUUGAAAGUGGCGAAUGCUUUCGUCGUGGUGAAUACCACCGCGCAGUUGUUUUAUGUCUUCACCAAACUCUCACCGAUGAAUACCCGUUCCACGCCGAGUGUGCUCACGCACAUCGUGGCGAAAACUUUCGCCGGUAUUGGCGUGCUGGACAUCCUGCACAACACUUCCGUCGGCUGGUUCAAAGACCAACUCCCCAGCACAGCCGUCAAGAUCGGCACGGCGUUGGGGUUCGCGGGUCUCGCGGCGGGGAGCGAUUGGAUUCUGGGAGGGUGUUUGGUGUAUUGUCUGGUCGGGUUGAGUGUGGGACAGGCGAGCUAUGAUUCGAGUUGGAGCAAGUUGUUGGGGGUGUAUGCUGUUGGUACGGCGGCGAUUGUGGGGGUGAGGAAUUGGGUUAGGUAG